AUGACUAACUGGUUCGAGUACGAAUCGGGACAUGCAUGGUGCGAAAGCGCCUACAAAUAUCAGACACUACCAAUGGUGGCCGAAUUUGCAAACACGAUGACUAACCUUCCAAUCAUUGUCUUACCGAUGUUAAACGCAAUGAUGUUACGCCGAUACAUCAGAGAGGUAAAUCCUGGCCUCCUCGUACCUCAACUACUACUCACCUUCAACGGUUUGGCUUCCACUUACUAUCAUGCUACACUAAACUUAUUC